GGAGCAGAGGCGGCGGCCGGGCGGCUCCCCCAGGGCGGAGGGCGCGGAGGCGGCGGCGGCGGCCAUGCCGCGGCUGCCGCUGGGCGGCCCGGGCGGGGCGGCGGGGAUGUCGCUGCCGCGGCUGGAGAAGCCGAUCAAGCAGGCCUUCUACAACACCGGGGCGCUGCUGUUCGCGGGGCUGUGCUGCGGGGCCGCCGUCCUGGUCUACUUCAUCCUGGAGGCCUUCCUGCGGCCGCUGCUCUGGGCCGUGCUCUGCGGCACCUUCCUCCACCCCUUCAAGAGCUCCCUGACGGCGCUGGGCCGCCGCUGGCUCGGCCGCCUGCAGCGCUCCCGCACCCCCGUCCUGCUGGCCGCCCUCCUCCUCCCCAUCUGCUUCGCCAACUACGGGGUGGAGGCGCUGGGCGAGCAGGUGCUGCGGCGACGGCGGCUCCUGCUGCUCCUGGGCGCCGGGGGACCCAUCCUCUACGGGCUCUACUGCCUGGGCAGCUCCCUGGGCGUGCAGGUGCUGCUGGCCCAGGCCGCCCGCCUCAUCUGCCAGGGGCUGGACUACUUCAGCAGCCAGUGGAUAUGGACGUUGGUAGUUGGUUACCUGCUGAUGGUUUCAUUCAAGUGGAAUAUAAGCACUGAACGUUACUUAAAAGCAGUCUCUGUCCCUGUCUGGAUUAUGCUGCUAUUUCACUUAGCUUCUGUGGCAGGUUCCUGGAGAAUUCCUGUGUUUCUGGUUAUAGUUGUACUGAUGACUGUAGGCAUGUUGCACGAACAGCAGAAUGGAAAGGAGUCUUCUGGGGCAGAGCUUCCAGGUCAGAUGAUUUCCAUUGCUGCUUCAACAAUUGCCAUGGCAAUUUCAAUGACAGAAGAUGAGUCCAAUAAUGAACGUUCCUCACAACCCUCAGAACACCAAUGCAGAUUUCUACAACAAAAGAAGAGUGUUCAUCCAGUGUAUGAGGCUGCAGAAUUUGUCACUUACCACUACUGUACACGAGCAACAGAAGGUGAUCAGCCUGUACAUGCUUCAUCAUCUUUCUCCUCCUCUUCAUCCUCUUCUGGCUCUUCUGGGAGCAGACAAAGACCUGAAAUUGGAUCUUUUCUUAGAAAAAAGAAAACUAGUGAUAUCUACUUUGUUACACUCGUGUGGGCCAUUGUCAUUGUGCAGAUCUGGCUAAAUUUCUGGAUUGUACAGCUAUUGCCAGUGCCUUUUGCAGUUUGGGCACUUAAAAAACUUGUGGUUCAUUUUGGAGUUUUGAACUUCAUGGCAAACCAUUGCAAAAGUUGGUGGCAACUUCUUGAAAAUUUUGUGAAGGAACGUCAGGAAGCUCUUGCUCCACGACCCAUCAGAGGGCUCGGAAGAGUCAUGCUAAAGCUUGACAGUAAGCUGUGGCACUGGCUUAAUAAGAAGAUGAUCGUGUGGUUGGAGAAAAUGCUAGAUAAAAUAAUCAGCAUUUUCAUAAUAUUUUUGCUAGUGAUAGGAACCCUUCUUCUAGCCCUGCUUCUUACUGCAAAGGUACAUCAAGAGAGCGUUCACAUGAUUCAAGUCACAAGCAGCUUGAUCAAUGAGACAGUAGCCAGUCACCCAGAAUGGGCAAACUGGCUCCCAGAAGCCCAGGUUAUUCAGAAGGCACUCAAUUCAGCAGCUAAUAAUGUCUACCAAUAUGGCCGAGAAUGGAUCACACAUAAGCUCCAUAAGAUUUUAGGAGAAAAAGUGAAUAACACCGCUGUGAUUGAAAAACAAGUGCUAGAGCUCUGGGACAGGCUUUAUCAUUCAUGGUUUGUGAAGAAUGUAACGCAUUCUGGAAGACACAAAGGACACAAAUGGCAUAUAAACCGCCAAAACAGCUGGCUUGGUGAUAUUCUGGACUGGCAAGAUGUUGCAUCAUUUGUUCAUGAUAACAUUGAAACAUUUCUUUCGAUCCUGGAGUCUCUGUGGAUAGUGAUGAGUCGCAAUGUGAGCCUCUUAUUUACUACAGUUACAACAUUAGUGACAAUCCUCUUCCAUAGUGGGACAGCUCUUCUCAAUUUUGUGCUUUCAGUGGUGAUCUUCCUGACCACACUGUUCUAUCUUUUGAGUUCCAGUGAUGAGUACUACAAGCCAGUAAAGUGGGUGAUAAGCCUGACACCUUUAUCUCAGCCAGGUCCCUCCUCAAAUAUAGUUGGCCAAUCUGUGGAGGAAGCAAUAAGAGGUGUAUUUGAUGCUUCUCUCAAAAUGGCUGGGUUCUAUGGACUCUACACUUGGCUGACUCACACUAUAUUUGGAAUUAACAUAGUCUUCAUACCAUCUGCAUUAGCAGCAAUCCUUGGAGCGGUGCCAUUUCUGGGGACGUACUGGGCAGCCAUCCCUGCAGUCCUAGAUUUGUGGCUUGUGCAAGGACAGGGAUGCAAAGCCAUUUUGCUCUUGGUUUUUCACCUUUUGCCAACCUAUUUUGUAGACACAGCAAUUUAUUCAGAUAUAUCAGGAGGUGGUCACCCUUACCUGACUGGCCUUGCGGUGGCUGGUGGAGCAUAUUACCUGGGACUGGAAGGAGCCAUCAUAGGACCAAUACUACUUUGUAUACUUGUGGUUGCUUCCAACAUAUAUAGUGCCAUGUUGGUGAGUCCAACAAAUUCAGUGCCCACCCCAUCACAAGCAGCAUGGCCACUACAGAUUUACCGGUCAUCUAGAGAGAGUCCCGAGGAGAUCAAAACAGCUGCAGAGUGAUGAAGGUGCUGUGCCGCACGUUUUCAACAUGAGAGAAUCGCUGUCUUCUGUCUUGAGUUCACAACAGCCAUGGCCUUCUGUCCGUCUCCAGCUGUGCCUGGGGGCAGCUCACAGGGAAGCAUAGCUUGGGUUUUAGGAGAAACCACUUCUGGAACAUCUGCUGGCCUUACAUUAUUGUGCACUUUGCCUCUUCAAGAAAGAAUGUUUGCUUCCCAUGGCUUUACAUACUAACACGCGGUUCAACUGCCUUGUUGCAGACCUUGAAGACCUUCUGUUUUUAUAAAAAGAAUGGUUAAGAGGGCAGGUAUAUCCACUGGAGUCAUUAUCUUAUCUGCUGAAAUGACUAACUUGGCAUUUAUUUAUUGGGUUAUUUGUGUUAUUAAAUUGUAGUAGCUUUAAAGAAAGCUAAUUCCAAAAUAUUUAUUAUCAGUUAAUGUGGUGGCAAAAAAAGGUGUAAACCACUCAUGGUUAAACGAAAGUAGAAUAUAAUUGUUUGCUGCUCCUUGAAGUAUUUCUUCAGAGGGUUUGACCAUCACCUGUAAUUUAUAAUAACACCUAAAUCUUAUCCUCUUAUACUGAAAACACUGAAAUUUAAUGUUGUUGGAGACUAGUAUUUCUAGUAUCUUUCUGAAAUUAGUAGACAUAUAAAUUGUUAGAUGUGGUGGUUCCUCAUAUUCAAAUAUGAGGACUUGUUUACAGUUUAAUCUUGCCCUCAUUUGCAGUAAACUCUGAUAGUAUUUUGCUGUUUACCCACCAUCCCAGUAGAACCAUCUUGUCAACUACAUUUAAUCAAAGGCCUCAAGUGUUUUCAGGCAAAGGUAAUGUACGAUUGUCAUGUCUACUUCCAGUAAUAGGAAGUUGAAUGGGGAUUGUUAAAUGUUGGUUUUCGAGUGCUGUUUUUGAGUUCAAUUAACUUUGCAAACAAAUUCAACUUUUUUUUCCAAAGAGGAAGGGGAGAGAGCAUGGAUUUUGUUUUAGUUUAGUUUGUUUUUUUUCCCCCGUAAGCCUCUGGCCAAAUAUCUUACUAAGAUAUAUCUUAUAUACUAAUAUAUAUCUUUAUUAUUAAGAUAUACCUUAAUAAUAAACAGAGUUCUUAAAUUCCUGAAAUGGUGUGUUGCCUAGGUCACAGCAUCAAACUGCUCUUGUGCUUUUCUUCCAUACAUAGUUUUGCUUAAGUUGCAGUUUUGGUGGCAAUUAAGGCCUUUUGUAUUGAUUGUUGAAAUAUUUUGACACAAUGGAUCUGUAUAAAUGGAUCCUUUUUAUAAACAGGAAGUGGGGUUUUUUGGUAGAAAUUUCAUACUUGAACAGCUUUUCCACAAAUACAUUGAGGCCCUAGGUACAAAGUAGCAGAUGCAUAUGCUUAACCAAAGAACCACCUUUCAGUAACUUCUCUUAAAUUUAUUUGAGAGUUUGACUGAUAAUGAGUUAUACAAAAUACAGGCGCACUUUGUAUUUAUUGUUGAUGGUAAUGCAACUGUUGGAAGAAAAAUCUGUUCCUAUCUAGGGAUAAGGAUAUCAAAGAUUUGUGUACAAACAGCUCUUGGUAACUUAGACGUUUGUUUUACUUGAGUUGCAGAAGUGCUGAUAGAUUUGGGAAGCUCCUAUUUUUCAUGAGGUUGCAUGUGUUUUUACAUUGUUUCUAAAACCACAUUGCCAUAGAAAGUGAUUGGAAAGUACUCUGAUGCUAAGCCCUGGUAUAGGUUUGCAAUAAACAGGCUGCCUGUUAAGACACAAAUCACCUUUUCCACCGAUUCUUGAAAUUAGCUGCUGCAAUUUUACUGAUGAAAUUUUAUGCUUAUGUGGGGGGUUUCAAACAUGCUGGUUUUGCACUUGCGAACUUGCAGGUACGUGGAGGACAGACUCAGGCAUAAUUUCGUGGUUUGACUCAAGUUCAUUGAAGUACAGAAACAUCCUAUUUAAUAUUUUUAAUUCUGAAAGAUCUACACAUCAGUUCCAACUAACUGAAUAGGAAGGAUAUAUUGCUUGAAUUGAGUAACAAUCCUGUGUUUUAAUUUCCUUGGUUUUGUGGAUCACAUAGAAUCUUCAAUGAAACACAUUUUUAUAAUUGUUGCUGGCUGGAGAGGAGGAUGACAAAGAACCUGAGGCUGUCCCCAAGUGUUCCCGCAAUGUUCUAACCAGUUCAAAUGCGACUGCUCUGAUACUUGGGAAACUUCUUUGUUAUGUCACUUUUUUAAUUCAGAAUUUUGCACUGAAAUGUUGUGUUCUUGUUACCGCAUUUAAAGAAGAUUACUAGCCAGAAAUAUGCAUCUUUCAUGUAUUUCCAGUUUUCCAUUGGUCUUCUUUGCUCACUAGUCAAGACAUUCUAUCGUCCACAUUUGCUAUGCCAGUUAUUUCUGAGACAAUCUUUCAGAUUCCUAUGGUACUCAACAUAGUCACUUUAAAGAAUCAUUAUAGAGCAUUCUUUUCCUUGUUUUUAAUUUUUCCUCUUCUCCCUCCCCCUUAACCUUCCUUAGAUCAAAGAAGGAUCUUUGCUGUGAAGAUUAAAAUGGUAUUUCAGAUGCAGUUAUCUUCAAAAAUGUCAUAUCAGUAAAAUCAGCUGAGAAGAUCUGUGGUUAUUUUGAAAUGUUCCUUUCCCAGUGUGAAGAGAAAUCAUUUUGUGAAGAGAAUUCAUAUGUGAUGUGGUCUUGUUAGUUGGACCUGCUUUUAAAUGAGGCUUUAUAUUGAUGCUUCCUGUUUCAAAUUCAGCUAAGACUUGCCAUGAACAACCACCACUAGUACAGUCUUUCUCAGUAAAUGUAGCUUAAAGAGCAUGUGCUCUGUGCCAUGCCUGAUUGAGGAAAGAAUUGUAUGGUUCAGUAGUGGUACAGUAACUAUACUGCCAAAAAGAAAAGGAAAAAAAACAAAACCUCCAAUAAUACCUUCUUAGAAUAUGAAGUGUUCACUGAAUUUGGCCAUGCUUAAGAAGAGAACCGGCCAAAACACCACCCUAUGAAAAAGCAUACCUUGAUUAUUGGUUUGUUGUUAAUAUGCAAUUACCAGUAGAAAUAGAAAAACUUGUCCUUGCGUUUUUAAAAAUCCAUAUUCUUUUCUAGAAAGACUCAGCCUUUUUCAGAAUCAUUUAGUUUAAAUCAGUCUUCUCACAUUCAUGUGGUCAUUUUGAUUUCUGGUCAUUGUAACAUAGCAGUUCCUGACCAUAUUGCCUCAUCUGCAAAAGCAAGCAGCAGCUCCAUGGGAUAAGCUUUUAAAUGGCUUGUGUGUCAUUCCUCUCCCCAAAGAAAAGGAAAAGGGGGAAGCAAAACUUCUCAGACGCCCUCUUCUGUAGUGGCAUUAAACUGAUUAAACUGCAGUUUUCUUAGGAGAGACCAUCUUUUUAAUAAUGCUUGUAGGCACUAACUUGAUGGUCUUGAGCUUCACUGUAAACAGUCAUUCCAGGAGCAGGUAUUUACUUGUAUUUAGUACAUUUAGUAUCCAGUUUGUACAAAACAAUUUAGAAUUCAGAAGAGAAUGCUUGUAGUAGUAGUAAAAUACAACUGUGCUUGUUUUUUAUCGUUCUCUUCUAGCAAAUUAGGCUUGUUGCAAAUCAGCGUAGUGCCAAAAGGGCUAGUGGUAACUGUUUCUUCCACUGGGUCUAAGUGAGCCCUUCCUCCCCAUCCUGUGCUGUAGCAGAGCUAGCAGAAGUGAAUGCGUGCCAGUUCACAGCCCAGCAUGUUAAUUUCAGGUCACUGUAAAUAUUGGCUUGAUUGAAUACAUGAAGCAGCAAACUGCACUGGGCCAGAAUCUGGCACACGUUCAUUUUGCCAGCCUUACUACAAUAUGGUGACUUUCAGCACAGAUGCACCAUUACUGCUCCAGCUGGGAGCAGUAAUGACUUAUUUUGAAAGACUGCUUUUUUUAAAAACAAACAAACAAAAAAACCAACCAAAAAAUUAAAAAAAUACUAACAUUAUAGUCAUAUAUAGAAUAUACAUUUUUCAGAAAUUGAGUUGGUAUCCAUGUAUCUGAUAAUAGAGACAGCAAUCAGGUAUUUCCACGUGCAAUGGUUUAUAUUCCCAGCUCAUCUAGGGUACAUCUAGUUUCAACAACUAGGUGGCUUCUCUUCAGGACUUUGGAGAGGAAGAUAUAGUUAGGUGUGUUUUGUCAGUGAUUAUUGGGUUAGGAAAUCCAUAAUCUACUUAAUUAAAUAAAAUAAGAAAAAAGCAUUGUGUAGGGAAAAUCGGAUGCUGUCUCCAAUAUUCUAUGUUGUGGGUACCUGUGUAACUUCUGAAAUAGGAGUGUGGCUGCCAUGUUAAACAUUUCUAUUUUGUUUUUUUCGUAAAGCCUGAAAAUACAAACCUGGAUAAAAUUGUAUCCCAGUAAAAGCAGCAGCAGAAUUACUAUGCUGCUGAUCCCUAGUACUGGUGACAGAAUUCUGCAAAGAGUGCGCUGCCUUUCCUAUGGGUCUGAUAUACUAAGGAUGGGAAAAUACCAUUAUUCUACUGAGACUCUAUGGCUUCACACCAGUGAUAGAAGAUGCUCCCACAAUUGCCUUUAUUCAGACAUUGUGUUCAUAUCGUUUUGGCUUAAGUUUGUCACUACAGAUAAUGCCACCUUUAUGGACACUACAUCUGGAAGCAGCUACAACUUCCUUCACAAGGUGCUGAAAGCUGUUGGGAUUGGAGUUAGUAUUCAUUAUAUUUAAUAAUGGAGGUACUAUUCUGCAAGAGAUGCAGUUGUUCACCUUGAAGUUUGCAAUUUUACAAGAGAAAAUGGGUUUGCCAAUUAAAUAAUCUUUAUUGGAUGACAGCUGGCAUCUCUUAAAUCCAUGGAUGCAUCAUCUUUAUAAACUCUUAUCUUGGCUUAUGUUUCAUAGGGUUUCUCCUUACUGCUAUUUCCUAUGCUUUUUGGUGAAGCGUGCUUUAGAAAUUCCCUUCUUAUUUCUAUUUCUACAAAGCUAGAAUUUCCUAAAAUUCUUAACAAGUGUUAGGGAGGCUUGAUUUUUAACCUGAUACUGUUCGUCUUUCACUUUUAGGAAAAUAUCUUAUGCUUUAUGGUAAAACUCUCCAAAAUUGCUUUCAAGUGCUAAAAUUGGAAAUAAAUAAAAAAAAUUGCAAGGUGGAAAAUUAAUUUGGUAUUUUGAAACCAGAAACAGUGCCAGAAGUGACAAGAGUAUUCAGGGAUUCUACAUUGGAUUUCUAAAUGUAUAUAUUGAUAUACAGCACUAUAUGAAUAUGAGCAGUGUCUGUACUAUUCAGACUUCAACUGAGAUUUUGUCUUAUCUUUUCUUUUUAAAGAUAUCUGAGAACAAAAUAGUACCUGUAUAUAGUGAAAACAAGCAACAUUUUCUAGAAUUAAUGUUUACUUGAUAAACAUCAGGGAAAAACCAAGCAAAUACUGAUAGGGUGACUAGAACUGUUUUGUUGUAGUUAAUAUAAAAUUGGGAAAAGCUGUUCUUCCAUCUAGUAACCAAUUGCGAAGAGAUUACUGUUCCUGGAACUAUUUGCACACAUACACUAAAGAGCUGCCAAAAUUAAUAGGUCAUGAAAUAUGUCUCUUCAGUUCCCCCAUCUCUUAACUUCUCCCACGCCUCAUCUGGUACCUUGGUUUGAGUCUGGUUUAGUACCUGAGAGUAUUGCUUCAUCCUCUGUUGGGAUCCAUUCCAGAACCUGAAGGGCACACUUUCAGUGUCCACACUGAAAUAGCAUGCCCGAUUCAGGAAGGAAUUGCUAAUUGGCACGUAAAUGCAUCCUUGAUGUGCUCUGCACAUGGAUGGACCUGGACAAACACAAUUUAUGUUGCUUGGAAUUAGAGAUUAUUCUUUGACUGUAACACUAUGUAGCGACACCAAAGCUAGCUUUGAGUUGGAAGUGGGGCAUGUUUACUUGCAGCAAGAUGCAUUUGCAAGCUAAGAGGCAGAGUGAGUGCUCUAGCAUCCGUGUAUGUAUCCGAAGACUUUUCAAUGUGAUGGUUUUCAAGCAAGAAUGUUGAUUUCUUUUCCUAGCCUUACUUUUUGCCACUUAACUGUUGUAUACAAUGAUCCAAUGAGGACCUAAAGGCAAACUAAGUUUUCAUGGCAUUGGUGUAGAUUGAAUGUAAGAGGCAUCACAAAGCUAGAAAGUAGCCACAGACCAAAAGUUCAUUAAGCUUAAGAAUUAACUUUGAGGCCAUAAAGUUGGAGAAACAAAAUCCAAUUUUUUGGCCUUCUUUCUGCCAGUCUCAGCCCAAAACUGAAGCUUUUUCAAGGAGUGUCAGUAAAAAUACUUUUGUGUUGCUUUUAACUAACUGGCUAUGUAGACCAAUGUUUUCAGUUUCCAGUGUCAUCACUGGUAUAUUCUACAUGCAUACAAUUUGUUCAGAUUGUUACCUUCAAAAACAAAUCUUCUAUGCUUCAGUGAUGGUUGGAAACCAACUUUUUACACUAGUAGUUAGUUGUUUACCUAUAUAUAUACAUGUUAACUAGUGUUUGAUGUUUUGGUUGGAAGACUAGGGAAGUGGGUUUUUUUUUUUUCACUUUGGUAAAUUUCACCAAACCGAAUCCAAAGAAACUUUUGACAUUGGGUCCUAAGACUGGCUGGACCCUACUCAAACCUAACAGUAGAUCUUUUGCAUUACAGAGCGCAGGCUGUUCUAAAGUGUGCAUUCCUACCCAGAACCUGCGGGGCUUUGGAGCAAUAACUUCUAUUGUCAACACAAAUUUUGUCUGUAACUGUACCUGUGAUACAUCUUCAGAAUGGAACUGUGUUCAAAACUCAUGUUACCAUAAUUGGUUUUGGUACAGUACCUGGUUUUGCAUGUAUAGUAUUAAAAAUAUAACCCUUGUGUCCAUCUGUGGCAGAAGAAAACGUGUGAGUUAAGAUUGAGAAGUACUUGUGUAGACUGCAGAGGUAUUCAAAUAAUUUUGAUUGUAUGCACCAGUUCCUCUUCCUAAUAAAAAAAGGGGUUUUGUAGCAGGUUUAAGAAGCUUUUAACUUAAUAUUGUAUUCACACUGCAGUCCUUUGUAAGCACAGAAUGGUUAAUAUAUUUUGAAAUAAAAUGCUGUUAAUGUAAAGAAAA